AUGUCUAAGGUAAAUAACACAUCUAGAAUAUCGCGAUACACCCACUCAUCUAUCUCCUCGAACGAAGUCGCGGAUAUGGCAUCUCUUUACGGUUGUAAACGCGUUCCUUCCUCUGCUCCACGUCGUAUCCGUACUUCGGAGGUUUCAGCUGCAUCUGCAGCUGAAGCGCGACGCCUCGCAAUGGGAGUCUCUCCAAGGCUAAAAGGAAAAUCGCGUCGCCACGACAUACUUAGCCCAGAUUACAUGUGUACAUGGCAGGAUGUCGAGGUGCAGAACGACUGGAACAUGAUGUCGAAAGAGCAAGAAAACAAAAUUGAAAGAGAAGUGGAGGCUGCGUUGUAUUACCAACAACGCGCGAGAGAACGCAAGGCGCGUGAGGGAAGCUCCUCGAGUUAUGAGCAACGCCUGCGCGAACUGGAUGUCUUAGCACGUCCCGUCCCUCCGAAUUCCUGGGCACCUUCAAGCAGAAUUCCAGGUUGCCUGCCUUUCACCCCAGGGCACUAUAAUCCGAAUUACCCUCUCUAUUGUCCAGUUCCCAAUCCCUUACCUCUUCCAGAGGAAUUGCCAUGUGCCGGGGCACAAAAAGUAGGGCCCGCACAUACGUCCAAGGGCCCACAUAAAUGGUUCACCAAAGGGCUACUAUCAUUUUUCUCAUCAUUCCGCCGAGCUCGCGCAGACUCGUCGGAUGCUGAAUUCAAAGAUUCACAAUGUGAACGUGUUAUAUCACGGCGGAACUCGAUGAUCAUUAUUAGAGCUGGACUUUGA